AAAUGUAAGAGAACGCUCAUAUACUCCUAUGCGAGUACUCUACUGGGUAAAAGUAAGAGAAUUGCUAAAUUUUAAGAGAAUGACAUGCGCCGUAGAAUUAUAGUAGAUGAAAGAAGGCCUAUAAAAUGAAGAAUGUAUAUUGUAUAAAUAUAGUUUAUAUUAUGAAAGAAAGGUUAAUGACAUUUUAAAAAGGUUGUUGACUUUUAUUUGUAUUUGGUUUUUAUUGUUUUUUAAUGGAUGAUGACGAUAUAAUAAUGUUAAUGUUAAUCGACGAUGUUGAAGAGGCGGCAGAACAAGCUGAAAAUAAUAUACCACGUCUCUAUUUCCAACGGGAAGACCCUUUUUUGAUGUUAUCUGAGGUGAAUUUUAUUAAACAUUUCCGUCUCAAUAAAGACAGCUUUAUAUAUCUUUGCGAUGAACUAACGCCAUUUUUACAAGUUCGCCAAAGAACAUCUGGUUUGGAUAUUAAAACAAAGUUGUUAGUGACCCUUUUAUUUUAUGGCCAAGGCAGCUACCAAGCAGUGACAGGUUCCAAUUUUUUUUGUGGAAUGAGUCAAAGCAGUGUUUGUCGAUGCAUUGAAGAAGUUACCAACGCUUUAAAUAGGCCAGAAUUCAUUAGUAGAUGGAUCAGUUUUCCAAGAAAUAUUGAGGAACUAUCUCAGCGGAGAGCAAGAUUUUUUCAAUCUACUGGUAUUCCAGGGGGAAUUGGGAUCAUUGAUUGCACUCAUGUUGCACUUGUACGACCAAUCCAAGAGGAACAUAUUUUUGUAAAUAGGAAAAACUACCAUUCCUUAAAUGUACAACUGGUAUGUGAUGAACAUCUUCAAGUAAUGAAUGUAAAUGCUAAUUUCCCAGGCAGUACACAUGAUGCUUACAUUUGGGGGCAAUCAAAUAUUUCAAAUGUUCUCGAAAGAGUUUACAGAAGAGAACCUCAAAAUAAUUUUUUUUGCUUGGCGAUUCGGGCUAUCCUCUACGACCUUGGUUGCUAACCCCAUUGAGAAACCCUGCGCCAGGUGCAGAGGAACGAUUUAAUAACGAUUUUAAAAGAAUAAGGAGCAGGAUUGAAGGAUGCAAUGGUGUUUUGAAAAACAGGUUU